CUGUCGGAAGCAACUGCCGCCGCCGCCGCUGCCUCUUCCAUCUCAUCUGGGGCAGGGGCCAGGGCCAGGUUUUACACAUCUGUAAUUAGACCUCCUUGGAGUUCUGCCAGCCAACUCAAUGGCGUCCUCUACUGCUGUGCCUCUAGGAUUUCACUAUGAAACAAAGUAUGUUGUUCUCAGCUACUUGGGACUCCCCUCUCAGGAGAAGCUGCAGGAGCAGCAUCUUUCCUCACCCCAAGGGCUACAACUAGAUACAGUUUCACAGUCUGUGGAUCAAGAAGUUCUAGUAAAAGUUAAAACUGAAAUUGAAGAAGAGCUGAAAUCUUUGGACAAAGAAAUUUCUGAAGCCUUUACCAGCACAGGCUUUGACCGGCAUACUUCGCCAGUGUUCAGCCCUGCCAACCCAGAAAGCUCAAUAGAAGACUGCUUGGCCCAUCUUGGAGAAAAAGUUUCCCAGGAACUGAAAGAACCUCUGCAUAAUGCAUUGCAAAUGCUCCUAAGCCAGCCAGUGACAUAUCAGACAUUUCGGGAAUGUACAUUGGAGACCACAGUUCAUGCCAGUGGCUGGAAUAAGAUUUUAGUGCCUCUGGUUUUGCUCCAACAAAUGCUUUUGGAGUUGACAAGAAGAGGUCAAGAGCCCCUGAGUACCCUGAUGCAGUUUGGAGUGACGUAUCUGGAGGACCAUGCAGCAGAGUACAUCAUUCAGCAAGGUGGCUGGGGCACUGUUUUCAGCCUUGAGUCAGAGGAAGAGGAGUACCCUGGAGUCAUUGCUGAAGACAGCAAUGACAUUUACAUCCUGCCCAGUGACAACUCUGGACAAGUCAGUCCUCCAGAAUCUCCAACUGUGACCACUUCCUGGCAGUCAGAGAGUUUACCCGUCUCACUGUCAGCCAGCCAGAGUUGGCACACAGAAAGUCUACCAGUGUCCUUAGGUCCCGAGUCCUGGCAGCAGAUUGCAAUGGAUCCUGAAGAAGUCAAAAGUUUGGAUAGCAAUGGAGCUGGAGAGAAGAGUGAGAACAACUCUUCUAAUUCCGACAUUGUGCAUGUGGAGAAGGAAGAAAUCCCUGAGAGCAUGGAAGAGGCGGCCGUGGCUCCUGCAGGUCUGUCGACCACAGAGCUACAGGAGGUGUUCUCUGAAGCCCCGGCUCCUUUGCUUGCACAUCUCACUGCCACUUCCCUGCAGGAGACCAGGGAACCGGGCACAGAAGUGAUUACAGUGGAGAAAACCAGCCCUGCGACGUCUUUGUUUGUAGAGCUCAGUGCAGAAGAGGUGAAAGCAGCAACAGAUGAGCCUGUUAAACUGGAGGAGGUGGUAGUCCCUGCCCUGGAGCCCACAAAAGCACUGCUGAGUGAAGGAGAGAGUGUGACGGAAGAGGCCCCCCUCCCUGGAGAAGAGAAGUCCAUCCCGUUGCCCGAGGGCAAGUCUAUACUGCUAUUUGGAGGAGCAGCUGCUGUUGCCAUCCUAGCAGUGGCAGUUGGGGUAACGCUGGCUCUGAGAAAGAAAUAG